UCCCACACAUUCAUUUGAGCCCAUAGUAAGAACAUGCAACCGAGCCUGGCCCAUUGCACGCGCGCCAGAUUAACGAUGAUGCGCGCGAGAAUUCGCCAGAAAGGAAAACAAGGUAUCACCUUGCAUAAGUACCAAGCCACCGGGAUGAACGCAGACUCAGCAGUCUGUAGUCUUUAUAAUGGGUUCGAUGCUGAAAUAUAAGUUAGUUCUAAGUAUGAUGUUAUAGCGAUAAGUGAAAUCGUGAAUAAAUUUAUUUUUUAUGCUUUCCCGUACGGAAGCUACAUAACUGGCGCAGUCAUAGUGAAGUGGAAGUAAAGUGCAGUAAAGUGCACGACCGAGCAACGUUUAUUGGAAACAUCUGGACUACCGGGAAACCACCGGUGAGGGAAUAUCACCGAUUAGCGUAGCCCAGAAGCGAGGAACUACCAUCGAACCUAAUCAUCAACUUAGAAACUCCAGGAGAUGAUCACCAUCAUCCUCUUGAUCAUUCCACUUACUUCAGCGACAUUUUACCACGACGUAUCGACAAAUAACGGACUUUUGACCUUAAAAUUAGACUCGGUUAAGAUAAAAUUAGGAUACGACCGUAUAAUACAUAAAAUUAACCUAGAUGAAAUAGGACAAAAUAUAAACUAUAUCGAAAAAUUAGCAAAUAACCUUAAUGUAACGGAUCACUUACAACAAACAAUCCAGUUUAAAAUUAAAAAGGCUUAUGAAAAGUUGACAGGAUUUUACCCAAAACGUGCAAAAAGAGGACUUAUUAAUGCUUUAGGAAACGUGAUAAAAUUUAUAGCAGGCAACCCCGACCAGGAAGACCUCGACUUAAUCAAUCAAAAUUUAGAGAUGCUUGAAACUAAUAGCAACAAAAUCAUAGAUAAUCAAAUAAAACAAGUAAAAAUCAACAAUGUACUUCAAGCUACUAUUAAUAAAGUCUCAAAAACCAUAAGAUCAAUUAAGCAACAUGUACAAUCUCAAGACACGAUAAUUAGAAAAGACUUGGAACUCAUAAAUCUUAUUUUGAAUACUGAUAUCCUGAUAAAAACCUUAGAAGACCUCGAAGAACAGAUUGCCUUUUCAAAAUCUAAUAGCUUGAACAAAAACAUUCUCAGUAUGGCUGAAAAAGAUUAUAUUUUGAAAUUUUUAGAAAGCCAACAUAUUGCUAUUAAAUUUGAAGAUGAAAUUUAUAAAUUCGUAAUAUCAGUUGUAUCGCUACAAAAUAAUCACAUAAUCAUUAUAGUCAAACUCCCCAUCAUUGAACCGAACGAGUACUCAUUGAUGCAGUUAGAACCUGUCAACGUGAAUGGAACCAGAAUCGACACGAACAUCCGCUAUGUGGCCAAGUAUCAGCAGUCAUUAUACGAGCAGAGUGAGAGGUGUUUCAUUUGCGACAAUAACUUGCCAGUGAACGACGGUUGCAUCUCCAAUAUCCUGACAAAUCAAAAAGCCAAGUGUCCGAUGCAUAAACAACCAGAACGUCCAAUAAUCAAGGAAAUCAGUGUCGGAACAAUUCUCAUCGACACAAAUAAAGCAGUCUACAUUUUAGACUCAUGUGGAGAAUCACAAAUCAUUCCCGCUCCAACUAUUAUUGAAACAGGUAACUGCACAGUUACAGUGCAGAAUGUAACCUUCAGAAGCAACUCUAAAACUAUAAAUAAAUCUGAAUAUCUCACACCCAUAUUUGGAAAAGAGAUAGAAACCAUUAAACAAAAACCAGACAUCGAAGAAAUACACCAGAUGAAUAUCGAAAAUUUGGAGGAAAUUCAGAGACUUAAGCUUCACAUGAUCAGCUCUCAAACGCUCGGAGGACUAGCGAUAGCCUCUACCAUCCUGGCAAUAGUAAUCAUCUUAUGCAUUCGCAGAUACAAAUCCCAAACUAGAAGUCAACCCCAACAGGAUAAAAAAGAGGACAUCGUCACCUCACAGAUUACCAACAAGAAGUUCGACAUCAGCUCCCCGGAAAACAAUCAGAAAGGAACAGUAACCGAUAUCCUGAAGGACGAGCCAACCUGCCUAACGAAAUCCUUCCUUCCGGCACCCAGAUUUGUCCUUACCAAGGGAUCCAGAAAAUCAACCGAGGACGCUUGACUCUUAGGGGGGAGACGUUAUGAAAAGUCCCUCCCACACAUUCAUUUGAGCCCAUAGUAAGAACAUGCAACCGAGCCUGGCCCAUUGCACGCGCGCCAGAUUAACGAUGAUGCGCGCGAGAAUUCGCCAGAAAGGAAAACAAGGUAUCACCUUGCAUAAGUACCAAGCCACCGGGAUGAACGCAGACUCAGCAGUCUGUAGUCUUUAUAAUGGGUUCGAUGCUAAAAUAUAAGUUAGUUCUAAGUAUGAUGUUAUAGCGAUAAGUGAAAUCGUGAAUAAAUUUAUUUUUUAUGCUUUCCCGUACGGA